CCCGGCCGUGCGCACCGUGCUGCCCGUGUUCGCGGGGUGUCUUUGCGCUGUGCGGUUUGUGUGGCUGGGAGCUCGUGUCAGUCUCAGAAGCGCUCCCCGUGUCAGGGUCAGGAGCGCCAGCUUCGUGCUGCCGCAGCUCCGGCCGCCGCCGUGGAUAAACAAACGCCGGCAGCCGUGCUGGGAAGAGCAGGGUUACGAGAAAAUGCUCUGAAAUUGAACAGGAUAGCGCCUGCCUCAACUCAGUCUGCCUGAAAAGCUCUUCCUCCGCCCAGAGACCUGUUUGUCACCAAGAGGGAAUCUCUCCAGCGGCCCAACUCGGCGAGUGAUGGGCUCGGAGAACAGUGCUUUAAAGAGCUACACGCUGGAAGAGCCGCCGUUCGUGCUGCCAACUGGACACACCAUUUAUCCAGCUGUGCUGCAAGAUGGCAAACUUGCUUCUGUCUUUGUGUACAAGCAGGAGAACGAGGACGUGGUUAAUAAAGCUGCCAAGCACCUGAAAACCUUGCGCCACCCAUGCCUUCUGCGCUUCCUCUCUUGCACUGUGGAAGCUAAUGGGAUCCAUUUGGUUACUGAACGUGUGAAGCCUUUGGAGACGGUCCUGGAGACACUUUCUUCUGCAGAGAUCUGCGCAGGGAUCUACGAUGUGCUGCUGGCACUCACUUUCCUCCAUGACAGGGGAAACCUCACUCAUAACAACGUCUGUUUAUCGUCUGUGUUUGUAAGCGAGGACGGGCACUGGAAACUGGGAGGAAUGGAAACAGUCUGUAACUUUAAUGAAGCCACCCCAGAGUUCCUCUGUCAUGUCAAAUCAGUGCGAGACCAGUCGUGCAUCCCAUGUGAGGAGAUGUCUGUAGAUUUCAAAAUUCUGCCCAGCAGCUGCGGGCAUGCAAGGGACGCCUACGCCUUUGGAGCCAUGGUUGAAAAUCUCCUGACAGCCCUAAAUGAUCAGGUUUCAGCAGAUAUUCUCUCCAGCUUUCAGCAAACCCUGCACUGUACGCUGCUGAAUCCAGAUCCAAAGUGUCGUCCUCCACUGUCCAGCUUACUGUCUCAUGAAUUCUUCAGGAAUGAUUUUCUGGAAGUUGUGAACUUUCUGAAGACCUUAACACUAAAAUCUGAGGAGGAGAAAACAGAAUUUUUCAAGUUCCUGCUGGACAGAGUGGCUGGCUUGUCAGAGGAGCUGAUAGCAUCACGGCUGGUGCCUCUUCUACUCAAUCAACUUGUGUUUGCUGAACCUGUAGCUGUCAGGAGUUUUCUUCCUCAUCUGCUGGGGCCAAAGAAAGAGCAAACUGGAGAAAACCAGACCAGCUGCCUCCUGUCGCCAGCCUUGUUCCAGACUCACGUGAUUCCUGUGCUGCUGAAGCUCUUUGAGGUUCAUGAGGAGCACGUGCGGAUGGUGUUGCUGUCUCACAUUCAUGCCUAUGCAGAACUGUUCUCUCGGGAAGAGUUGAAAAACAUCAUAUUGCCACAGGUAUUGCUGGGCCUUCGAGACACUAGUGACUCUAUUGUGGCAAUAACACUACACAGCUUAGCAGUUCUUGUCUCCCUGCUUGGACCUGAAGUGGUUGUAGGUGGUGAAAGAACAAAGAUUUUCAAAAGCUCUGCACCAAGUUUCAUGAAAACUGCUGAUCUCUCCCCAGAAGACUCACCAACUCAUGCUGUAAGCAAUCAGAGACAUCAAACCUCUUGGCCUUUGAAGAACAAUUCCAGCGUGCUCCCUGUCUCUGGAAAUGCAGUUGUCAAGAAGCAUUCUGUGCAACAAGACAAUCCACUGGCUUUAAAGACAGGUGAGCAAACCACUCAGCUCCCCCUUAAUGGAGUUCCUGGGAGCAUUAAUGUGCUUGGGAGCAGCAGGAGCUCUUUAACUACCUCCGAAAAGCCAGCAGAGGAGUGGCCAGACUGGAGUGAGCCAGAGGAGACAGAUACUGAGAAAACUGUGAACAUCCAAAUUCAGCCCCAAAAACCACAGGGCAGCACAGGACCUUAUUUUGUUGAACACGAUGUAGAUGAGAAGCCUUGGGAUGACUUUGAGCCCAGCAGCCCUCAUACUGACCUGACCUCAGGAAACUGCUUCACUGUGACACAAGCUGAUGCAGCUGAAAUGCGAAGGACUCUCCCGGGUACCCAUCAACAGAGCAAAGAGUUAGAUAGCCUCAAAGUGAGUCCCUCAACAAAGUCCUCCCCUAAGAACAGCUGGAACAGUGACAAGCGGGACCAUCAAGGACAACUAGGAAAAACUGUGCUGCCCAAACAAACCUUAGAGGAAAGAUUGAAGUCUUCAUCAGAGUCUGGCCUAGGAGAAGAAUUCACCAUCAAAGUGAAGAGGAAACCAGUGCAAGACCCUGAGCUGGACUGGUUUGCUGACAUGAUACCAGACAUUAAACCUUCUUCAGCAGUCUUGAUUUUACCUGAUGCGAGGACAGAAGCAGUUGUUCCCAGUCACCCUGGUGCAGAAUCCAGCAGAGAAGGUGCCUCCCAGAAUGCGCUGUUUUCAUCCAAAUUUGCAGCAGUUGAUGUUAGUGAGGCUGAAGCUGCAGGCUGGGGUGAAGAAGAAGAGUUGAACUGGGAAGAUGAUGCUAACUGGUAAUGGGACUGAAAGAGACAAAGGCAAUUUAUGCUGUGUUGGAAUCUGUAAGAGAAGUUGCUGCUUCUACACUAUAAUGGAUAAGUACCUCAGCACUGCUUUUGUGAAAAGGCAGGCACUUG